UACAAUAGAAAUAAGUUGGUACGUUAAAGGCGGAGGAGGAGACGAAACUAAAUUUCUGAAGAAUACCUUUCCCUCCUCCUCUCAAACCCUAAUCUCCCUUCCCCUCAAUUUUUCCUUCUCAAUUCACCUUGUAUUCGAUAAAAUCACCAAUUAUUUUUUUAUAAGUAAAGAACGAAUUGGUGCUUUAUCCAGAUUAGAUCUUACCGUUUGAUUUGGUGGAUUGAUAUCGAUUCGAGUUUUUUUUAAAAAAAAAAACAAAGAAGCCGAAUGGGGAAAAAGAAGAAGAGAGGAGCCGUAGAUAAAGUAUGGUGCUACUAUUGCGAUAGAGAAUUUGAAGAUGAGAAGAUAUUGGUGCAGCAUCAGAAGGCCAAGCAUUUCAAGUGCCACGUAUGCCACAAGAAGCUGUCCACCGCCGGCGGUAUGGCCAUCCAUGUUCUCCAGGUUCACAAGGAACAAGUUGCCAAGGUUCCAAAUGCAAAACCUGGAAGAGAAUCAACGGAGAUUGAAAUUUAUGGAAUGCAAGGAAUUCCGCCCGAUGUCCUGGCUUCUCAUUAUGGAGAGGAUGAUGAUGAGACUCCUUCAAAAACAGCUAAAGUUGAUUUCCAGACCUCCCAAAUUGUUGGUGGUGUGAUGCCAGGAAUGGCAAGGACCGGGUAUCCUCCCCAGACAACUAUGGGAUCAAUGCCUCAACCAUAUAAUCCCAGGCUACCUGUGCCCCAAGUUGGUUGGCAAGGUCCACCACGCCCACAACACUGGUUUAAUCAACAUCAAGCUAUUUCAGUUCCACCUACACAACCGGGGUUGCCUCCACAACCUUUGUUCCCCGUUCAUAAUAUGCGGCCGCAUAUGCUAUCUGCAACACCUCCUAUGCUUCAAUCAUCCUUGCCGAUCACUCCCCCAGGGAUGCCCACAACUACACCAUCAGUUCCUGUUUCUCAACCUUUAUUUCCUGUUGUUCCUAACAACAAUAUUCCUCCUCAAAGUUCGCCAUUUUCUGCUCCUAUGCCUCCAAUGAGUUUACCUUUAAGCUCUUCUUCAGAAAUUAAGAGUGCGGAAUCUCACUUUGGCAACACUUUGCCAACAAAUAGCUAUCACACUCUGGGACUUACAGCUGCAACUCCUGUGAAUGCACAUUCUUAUGCCUCUGGUCCAAAUACCGGUGGUCCGUCUAUUGGGCCACCUCCAAUAAUUGCAAAUAAGGCUCCAGUUACUCAGUCUGCAACUAAUGAGGUCUACUUAGUGUGGGAUGAUGAGGCUAUGUCCAUGGAGGAAAGAAGAAUGUCAUUGUCGAUGUAUCAGGUGCAUGAUGAGAAUACCCAGAUGAGCUCAAUUGAUGCAGCAAUUGACAGAAGGAUAUCGGAGAGCAGACUUGCUGGUCGUAUGGCUUUUUAAAUGAGAUCACGCCUCAUUCUAACUUGGUGCAACGGUGGGAAAUGUGUGUCUUUAGAGAUCCUAAUUGAAAUAUCUGCCAGCUCUAACCGGCUAUCUUUGUUGCACUUCUUUCUGUUUAUUCAAGUGUUGUAAUAUUUAGGGAAUGGGUUUGCAGGAUAGCCCCUUUAUAUCUAAAAGAUCUCAAAUCAAAUUUUUUUUCCUUACAGUAUUAGUAGUUAUCCAAUCAUGAGUCAUAUAUAAAAUCAUAGACCAAGUACGUUGUUGCCCUAAUGAGGUUUAUGCAUUUGGGUUAUCUUUGAAUUUCCCAUGUCCAAGUUUUGUUUGAUAUUAUGGGCUUGAAACCUUGUCUUGAACGUUUGUAUUCAAUUACAGUCUAUUUAUUUGAAUGACAUAACAAAGU